GGCAACCUUGCUGGAGGCGGCGGGAGGCUCCAACCAGUAGGCCUAUGGUGGCCGGGUGUGACCAGUGAGGCUGGUGGCUCCUCCAGGGACCUGCUCCUUCCUGCUCCUCGCCCAGCCUUCAGGAUGAAUGAAUAUAAAAGAAAGAAACGUCUUGAGUACCAGAGAAGAUGGAUGCGUGUGUCAGAAAUGCUGAAGAGAAUUAACAAAAUGAAGACUAGUUCUGCAUACACCAUUGAUAAAUUGAAAAGCAGUUACCGGACCCAUAGUAAUUCAGAAAGCAGAACCCUUAAUGAAGAAUUACCUGACAACGAAACAUGGCACAACUGGAAACGAGCAAAACGAUAUCGUAAAGAUGCUGAAGAAACAUCGGAUGUGGGCUCUGAGACGGACUCGGACGGAACUGUAGCACAAAGAAGAAAAUCCAGAAAAUUGGUAAAAAGAUGUGAUACAGUAGACAAGUGGAAAUGGGUAAGACGACGCCAUAGAGAAGCUGAAGACUCCUCAGAUGUGGGCUCCGAUACACACACAGAAGCAAGUGUAAUGCAAAGACAACAAUCCAGAAAAUUGGUAAUUGGAAGUGAUACAGAUGAAGAAUCGUCGUGUGGAGUUGAGAAACGCUCCAUUGGUUACCGUGGAUCUGAGCCAAGACGAGGAGCCGCCACCUCUCCCCAGCACCCAACCCCAGAGCCACUCAACCCUAAUGUGACACAACAAACUGGUUCAUUGGAGCUCCAUCUCCACAAACAGGUUACGUCCUCAACUCUUCCUCUCGGCCCUUCUACUACACGCGCAGUCACAGCUGAUGUUCAACCCCAAUCAAAACCCUCGCUGUAUCAGCCUCAAGCGGAGACCAUUGAUGACAUCGUAAAAUACAUUGAAGCCACAAACCCUUCACCCCAGUCUUGUAGCCAAACAUUGAGAACUGAUUGUGCCUCAUCUUCCUUCAAUAUGGGGAACCUGGAGAGACAAGCAAAUCCUUCACUGAAGAGGACUCCACUUGCACCCAGGAGUCUCCAGCUUGAUGAAAACACUCCUGUGGUGAAAGUAAAUGUGAAUUUACACUCAGAAAUUCAAAAUUUGAAUUUAAAAAUGGAUUUGAUUUUAAAUCAAUUGAAGAAUCAAAGCUUAGAUAUAUUGAAUCUGCAAAAUAUAGUUGAAAGACUGAAUAUGAAUAGUAAGUUUAAAAAGAAAGAGGAUACUCUAUUAAUACAAGACUUUCUACCACAACCUCUCAGUACUCCUCUGGAGUUAGAGAACUUCUGCAGUAAAUUACGAUCUGAUAAUGCAUUUAGAAAAUCUUUGGUGGAUGUGCUGUCUAUGCUGGGCGGCCAAAACAUGAAAGACUAUGUUAGACGAAUAAUGCAAAGACUUGGAACGUACCCUCUCUGGUCCCAGUAUAGUCUUAAGGGACGUAAACGUAAACGUGUCUUCCAAGAUCUAGAGCUGUUCCAUGUCAUCAUAAAAGUGUGUUUAAACUCGUUCAGUGAUUGCACAGAGAGAGACGUGCAAUUCCAAAUAUCAGAGAUACUCAAGAGCGCACCCAACAAGCCUGGUGGAAAUAGAUACAAGGGUGCCCCACUGCCUAACUGGUCAUAUGGGCAGGCCAGAGCUUCAUUUGCUCAAGCCGGAACAUCAUAUGGGCAGGUCAAAACAUCAGAUGGUCAGGUCAAAACAUCAGAUGGUCAGGCCAAAACAUCAGAUGGUCAGGUCAAAACAUCAGAUGGUCAGGCCAAAACAUUGUAUAGUCUGGCCAAAGCAUCAGAUGGUCAGGCCAAAACAUCAGAUGGUCAGGCCAAAACAUUGUAUAGUCUGGCCAAAGCAUCAGAUGGUCAGGCCAAAACAUUAGAUGGUCAGACCAAAACAUCAGAUGGUCAGGUCAAAACAUCUGAUGGUCAGACCAAAACAUCAGAUGGUCAGACCAAAACAUCAGAUGGUCAGGCCGGAACAUCAGAUGGUCAGGCCAAAUCAUCAAAUGCUCAGGCCAAGACUUCAUUUGGUCAGAUGAGGAUGUUAAAUGCCCAACCAAGAAUACCAGAUAGUCAGACAAGGAUGUUAAAUGCCCAACCAAGAAUACCAGAUAGUCAGACAAGGAUGUUAAAUGCCCAACCAAGAACACCAGAUAGUCAGACAAGGAUGUUAAAUGCCCAACCAAAAACACCAGAUGGUCAGGCCAAACUUUCAUUUGACUUGACCAGGACCCAGAUUAGAACAUCAGAUGACAACACCAGGACAUCAUAUGGUCAGGCCAGGCCAAAACGUCGUGUUCUCAGAUCAGAACAUCAGAUGGUAAAGAUAGAAUAGCAGAGAGCCUGACCAGAACAUCAUAUGUUCCAAUCAAAGUAUCGUGCAUCCUGACUAGAAUAUCACAUGGCCUGACUGGAACAUCAUGUGGCCUGGCCAGAAUAUCAGAAAUAUGUAAGGAUCAAUGGUUUAUCCCAAUACAGAAAUAUUACUAAUUUGGUGGACAUGUGACAUGUACUGUACAGUAAAUAAAUUCAUAAUACAGUACCCUA